CCAGUCGUUCCUGGCUUCGCAGCGUUUUUUACCUACAUGCCGCAUCUUGCGCAAUGGAUGUAUGUGGCGUCCUCGUUCACAGCCAUGUCCGCUGCCGCCCAGCCAGGGGGCGGCUGUAGUAACAGAUCCGCGGCUUGCCACAAUGGUAGCACUCUGUGGUCCAUCACCACAUUACCUGAUGGAGACGCUGCCGCGAGGAUCGGUCUGCCCACUAUUCUUAUCAACGUCAUCUACACGCUCGUGCCUGGCACCAUCCAGGCCGUUAUGAUCGCCUCCCUGCUACACGGGUGGUUCUCCCAGCAGAACUCUGGCGAGAAGAGGGAUCUGUUGGAGCAGAGGUUGCGCAGCUACCAGCAGACGCUGAAGUACGUCGUCUUUGGCUUCCUUGUGUACCUGCUCGACUUUCAGAGGCUCCUCUUCCAGUGGCCCCGCCCGACGACGUCGUGCCUCGGGAGCUACGCCUUUCCCAACUUCCUCUCGUUGUGGUCUGCUGGCCUCUUCGUGCUCAGGUGGGUGGACCUGAUGCUGUGUUGGUCGGUGCCCCACCUGACGGCCCACCAGCCCACCUCGCUGACCCCGCGCUCCGAGGACCUGGACGCCAGCAGGCGCUCGGGCACGGAGGAGUGGCGCGGCUGCGCCUGCGGCCGGCGCGGGCUUCUGCACACUAGUUUGUUGUUCCGCGC